AUGCACUGUAGACAUUGCAAUGAUCCAACGACCUGGUUCGCAACCAGAUCAAUCGGUCGGUCUGUGGUAGAUGUGCUGGACCUGGCAACACCAACUGAGUGGACGGAACGUCAAGCGAAUUUUGCUAAUUUGAGCGAGUUAGACGGCCGGUAUUUGUCUAAUUCAAUACCGCAACAUAUGUACUCGGUGGCCUACGCCAAAAUAACUAAACCGAAUUCCUUCUCACCUACACCGCGCCCAACGAAUAUUAAUACGAACGGACCAGCCGAGUCGGUGGCCGUGGCCGCGACGGUGCCCACUACACCUCUGAAGAUCACCGGCUCCGGGGACGGUUUCGACUCGAGUACGGUUGACGUCGUGACAAGAUGCUCACACUGUCCGCCGCAAAACGGUCGUGAUGGAAAAGUGUCAAGAAAAAUAUAG